ACAGCAGCGUAUAGCGCCAAUAAACAGCUCUUUGCUAUUUCCGUCGAAAAUCGCAUCAGGGUUGGAAAGUAUUCGUGGAAAUACGGGAAACCCGGGUCGAUCAACGCCGGUUAAUCAGGGUUACAGUCGCAAAUCCCCACUAAAUCACCACAAUGUCUCUCGUUCUGCAACGGCUCUCUUUUAACUCAGACAGAAGAGAACACACAUCAACGCAUUUGAAGAGGCCGACCAGGUGAAUGAAUGUAGUGCACUCACGUACCUCGGGGGCGGAGCCAGGUGUUAGGGUAGGAGGGGAGAGGACGUCAGGUUGAGGAAACGAAACCUAAAGAGCCACAACGUGGAAGCAGUUCUCUCUUUCGGGAGAUAGUAACUAACACGCAUUAAAUAGUCUGACAGACAGAAAAAACAACAAGGAAUGGCCUGUGCCAACGCCAACUGGUCCGAAGAGAACUUUUCAUGUUCAAUCUGUCUUGAUGCGUUCAGCAGUCCAGUCACCACACCAUGUGGACACAACUUCUGCAGAACCUGUAUUACAAAGUACUGGGAUGAACAAGUGAAGUACAAAUGUCCUGUUUGCAACGAGCUUUUUAACACAAGACCUGAUUUACGGGUCAAUACCCUCUUAUCAGAGAUGGUUGAUCGGUUUGGAACGUCCGUACGAGUAAAAGAGCAGCCUUGUGUUGAACCAGCAGAAGUUCCCUGUGACGUCUGUACUGGGACCCAGCUGAAGGCCGUGAAGUCCUGCCUAGUGUGUUUUAUCUCUUACUGCCAAACCCACCUGGAGCCACAUCAGAGAGUCACAGUCCUGAAGAAACAUCGGCUGGUCGAGCCUAUGGACCGUCUGGAAGACAGGAUGUGUAAGAAACACGACAGACUUCUGGAGCUCUUCUGCCAGACUGAACAGGUGUAUGUGUGUCAGUUCUGCACAGAGACAGACCACAAGUCACAUACUGUUGUACCUCUAAAGGAGGAAUAUGAAGUGAAGAUGGCCCAACUGGGGAAGAUAGAGGCUGAAGUUCAGCAGAUGAUCGAGGAGAGACAAAAAAAUAUCCAGGAGAUUAAAGACACAGUUAAACGCAGCAAAGCAGACGCAGACAGAGAGAUAGCCGAUGGUGUGCAGGUCAUCACUGCUCUGAUGCGCUGCAUUGAGAAGUGCCAGGAUGAUCUCAACCAAAUGGUUAAAGAGAGACUGAAAUCCACAGAGAAACAAGCUGAAGGCCUCAUCAAAGAGCUGGAACAGGAAAUAGAAGAUCUGACCAAUAGAAGCUUAGAGGUGAAGCAGCUCUCACACACUAAAGACCACCUCCACUUCCUCCAGACCUUCAGGUCCCUGAAGGACCCUCCACCCACCAGGGACUGGAUGACAGUGGAGGUCUGUCCUCCGUCAUACGUAGGGACCUUGAGGAGAUCCCUGGAUCAGCUGGAGGAGACACUGAACAUGGAGAUGAAGAAGCUGCGUGAUGCUGAACUAAAGAGGGUCCAGCAGUAUGAAGUAGAUGUGACUCUGGAUCCUGAUACAGCUCAUCCCAAGCUCAUCCUGUCUGAGGAUGGAAAACAAGUACAUGAUGGAGAUGAAGAGAAGGAACUCCCGGACAACCCUGAGAGAUUUACACUGUGUGUAUGUGUUCUCACGAGGCAGAGCUUCUCCUCAGGGAGGUUUUACUUUGAGGUCCUGGUUAAAGACAAGACUGGAUGGUAUUUGGGUGUUGCCAGAGAGUCAAUCAACAGAAUAGGUCAGAUCAUAUUGUCCCCUGAGAGGGGUUACUGGACUAUUGCAUUCAACAAGGAUGGGAUGGUAUUUAGUGGUAACCCUGCUGUCCGUCUCCCUCUGAGAGCUGAGAUCCAGAAGGUGGGGGUGUUUGUUGAUUAUGAUGAGGGUCUGGUCUCCUUCUAUGAUGUGGAAGCCAGGGUUCAUAUCUACUCUGCUACUGGCUGCUCCUUUAGUGAGCCUCUCUGUCCAAUCCUCUGUCCAAGUCUCUAUGAUUAUAAAGGUGACAACUCUGCCCCCCUGAUCAUCUCACCUGUCAAUCAAACAGACUAGGACCUUUGUUUGAUAAUAAAAUAAUCAAA